GAUUAGACAGAAGCGAGUCGUGAUCUGAACGGUGUGGUGGGAGGACAAUCUACCCUAAUCAUCUGCCCCCCCCCCCCCUCUUAACAUUACAGUCGAGCUAGCUGGCUCGCUACGCGACACGACUGUGCUGUGAUGUUUUUGCUACUGUGAUUUUACUCGGGUAGAUUUUUACGGUAAAAGAUCAAGGAAAUCCAUUUCCCCCUGAUGUCACAGAGCCGUGGAACGACAGAAUCUUUGGAGACAUCACAGCUGUCAUCUUCUGGAAAAACGCGUAGCUAGUUGGCCUUAUAGGAUAGACAGCUAACAUAGCUAGCUGGCCAUCAAGCGGGGGUGGAUGUUGUGGUUUCCCGACUCCACAUCCUAUUCUUUUUCUGUCGGAUAUAGCGUCGACGUCGCAUGGGUAUGUUAAAAUGACGAGCGGUGGUGGACUAAUCCUGAGCAAGACUUGCGCUAACGUUGUCCUGGUGGCGUUUCAAUACUAGCCAGAACUACUACUUCCUAGCAUCGCCGUUUAGUCAAUUAACGAUAGCAUUUCAGCUAAUUAGCCAAUUCAUUUGACAUCUGUAUGGACUAAUCGGUCAUAUGCUGGGUUAUAAUUACAACUAACAUCAGUUAGCAUAGGCAAAUCUAUCGUAUGAGGAUACAGUUUAGCUAGAAGACAACGGGAGUGGCUUACUCGGUUUUUAAUAAUACAGCACAGCGCUCACAGUGCUGAGUAACAGCCCACUAGCUAGGUAGCUAACACUAGGAACUCCCAUAGCUAAACAAAGACUUCCGCUCUUCAGGCUUAACUCUCGCUGCUAGCAGUCAAUUGUUUGAUUUAACUCGGUAGUCUAAGCGUUCUCAUAGUAAUGUGUGAUACUACCCUUUUAAUUGGUUAAGUCUGUUUCCCCCUGUGUGAGAAGACAUUUGUUCCAAUGGAGCUAAAAACGGCGACGUUCAACGCAGCAAGGGAUGGCAAGCUGCGGUUGCUUCAGAAACUACUAGAGCACAAAACACUACAGGAGAUCGUGUCGAUAAUAUCAGACAAAACCAAUGGUGCAACACCUUUACUCAUGGCGUCCAGAUAUGGACACCUGGACUUGGUAGAGUAUCUCUUGGAGUGUUGCUGUGCGCCGGUGGAGGUCGGCGGUUCUGUAAACUUUGACGGGGAAACCAUUGAAGGUGCCCCACCGCUAUGGGCCGCCUCGGCAGCUGGACACCUGAAAGUGGUACAGUCGUUACUGGGCCACGGUGCCUCCGUGAACAAUACCACCCUCACUAACUCCACCCCGCUUCGAGCUGCCUGCUUCGACGGGCACCUGGACAUUGUGAAGUAUCUGGUGGAACAUAAGGCUGACUUGGAGGUAGCCAACAGGCACGGUCACACUUGCCUUAUGAUCUCCUGUUACAAAGGACACAAAGAAAUAGCUCAGUAUCUGCUUGAGAAAGGCGCCGAUGUAAACAGGAAAAGCGUUAAAGGCAACACGGCGCUCCACGACUGCGCCGAGUCGGGCAGCCUGGAGAUCAUGAAGAUCAUUCUGAAGUACGGCGCCUCCAUGGAGCACGACGGCUACGGCAUGACCCCGCUGCUGUCGGCCAGCGUCACCGGACACACCAACAUCGUGGACUAUCUGACCCAGCACCAGCAGACCGGCCGGCCCGAGAGGGUCAACGCCCUGGAGCUGCUGGGGGCCACCUUCGUGGACAAGAAGAGAGACCUGCUCGGAGCGCUCAAGUACUGGAGGAGGGCCAUGGACCUGAGGUACAGCGACAGCAACAACAUCCAGUACAAGGCGGAGCCCAAGCAGCUGAUCAUGGCGUACGACUACGCCAGGGAGGUGACGAACGUAGAGGAGCUGGACAGCCUGAUCUCCGACCCGGACGAGAUGCGCAUGCAGGCCCUCCUGAUCCGCGAGCGUAUCCUGGGACCCUCCCAUCCCGACACCUCGUACUACAUCCGCUACCGGGGGGCCGUGUACGCCGACUCCGGGAACUUUGAGCGCUGCAUCAACCUGUGGAAGUACGCCCUGGACAUGCAGCAGAGCAACCUGGACCCCCUCAGUCCCAUGACCGCCUCCAGCCUGCUGUCCUUCGCCGAGCUCUUCUCCUUCAUGCUGCAGGACCGAGCCAAAGGCCUCCUGGGGACCUCUGUGUCCUUCGACGACCUCAUGGGCAUCCUGAGAAAGAGCGUGCUGGAGAUUGAGAGGGCGGUGGGGCAGAGCCAGCCUGGUCCAGACCCAGCUCAGCUCAGCAAGGCUUUGGCCAUCAUCCUGCACCUGGUGUGUCUGCUGGAGAAGGUGCCCUGCUCCCUGGAACAGGACCACUUCAAGAAGGAGACCAUCUAUAGGUUCCUGAAGCUGCACCCGUGUGGUAAGAGUGGCUACAGUCCUCUCCACCUGGCUGUGGACCGCAACACCACCUGCGUGGGCCGCUACCCAGUCUGCAAGUUCCCCUCCCUGCAGGUCACCUCCGUCUUGCUGGAGUGCGGCGCCGACGUCAACGCCCGCGACGACGACCACAACAGUGCGCUGCACGUGGCAGCGUCCAACAACCAGCCUGACAUCAUGAACCUGCUGAUCGCCAGCGGCACGCACUUCGAUAGCACCAACGCCUUCCGGCAGACGGCCUGCGACCUGCUGGACGAGAAGGAGAUGGCCAAGAACCUCAUCCAGCCCAUCAACCACACCACCCUGCAGUGUCUGGCCGCCCGCGCCAUCAUCACGCACGGCCUGCCGUACCAAGGCAGCAUCCCAGAGAAGCUGGAGGCCUUCGUCCUGCUGCACAGAUAGGACCUGGGAGAGACCUCCUGGGAGGAGGAGGAGGCUGAACUGCUCCUCCUCCUCAUCCUCCUUGAACCCCCUCCCCUCGCCCCUCUCCUCUCCACCUGCAGUUGAACUCCAGUUUGAUUAACCUGGAAGUGGAUGCUUGUAUGUGACCCCCCCCCAAAGACAGUGGUUACACUGAGUCUCCUGUUGUGGAGGCUCUGUGGGGGAUGUCCUGUAAUGUCGGCACAAUGUUUUAAGCUAGAUUCCCCCAACUCCCCUUAAAAUUUUUUUUUUGUGCUUUAGACUUAAUUUCUUCAUAUUCCAUACUAUUUAUUAAUCUAAGAUGUCAUUGAGAGAUUUUUCUCCAUGCCUGCCCCUCUGUAUGUUUCUCUCUCUAUGCAAGGUGGAGGAAUAUGCCAGGACUUAAACCAUCACUAUUUUGCCAAUAUUUACAUCUGCGGGUAGUUUGUCCCAGACCUGGGACCUGCUGAGAUGGGGGGGGGGCCAAGCGUUAGCAAGCUUUCUGAGAAGGGUGAUCGUUUGCAAAUACCAUAAGUGCUUUAUUUCUCCUAUGCACAGGCGACAUGAUACCAGACUGUUCAGUGUCUGCACUUGUCUGUGCAACAACUCGCUUUUUACUUCACUUUUUUGUUCGUUUUCGUUUUUUGUGGUGACUGCCUGUUCUUUCAUGUUCCCACGGUUACGCUAAGCUAAGAGGGUGAGCUUAAAUUGCUGGAUGAUGU